AUGGUCCUCCUACCGCUCUCGCUCCGCUGUCUGGGGGCUCCCCGACUCCCGCUCGUUCUGCGCCCUCUUCCGCGAGUCUUCCCGACCUCUGGAGCCGCCGCUUCAUUCACCACUUCCUCUACCCUACUGGCAAACCCCCCAAAAAAGGCCAACCCUCAGAAAGGUGGUAACGUUAAAAACCUCAAGGCGAUCGCCGCUAAGCAGCGCGCAUCGUCCAACAAGUUCCAGCAUAAGCGAAAAAAAAGGGAUAUUCCGGAAAGGAAGCGACAAUACCUAGACGGCCAACGCAAGAUCAUCAAGAACACCAUCGUCCUUAGCAAUACCAAUGCACCGGCGAUUACCCUUCCAGAGAUGGCAAAGGAGCUAGCGGGAAAUCCAGAGACCGAGAAUACGGUGUUCGAGAUCCCUGGAUCUGUGGUAGAUAAAUUGCGACACAUUGAAGCCUUUAAGACAGGACAGCACUGGCCGUAUUUCCAGAAACCGGGGACAUUGGUUAGGAAGGAGAGCACGGAGAUCGGCGCGAUGAUUAAUGCGGUCAAUGAGGCCCGUCUCAAUAAAACUGAACUACACGAGCGUCGUAUCUUGGAUGGUGUCAAGGGGAGUGGGAGAAGUAUCUUACUAGCACAAGCAAUGGCAUGGGCCUUCCAGAGUGAUUGGGUCGUCAUUUCCAUUCCAAACUCUUUGGACCUAGUACUCGGGCAUACAGAAUACGAAUAUGAUACACACUGGAACGUGUGGGUUCAGAAAGAAUACACAGCAGCCCUCCUGCAGCGUAUCCACAAGGCCAACGCUCCAUUGCUGAAAAAUCUUAAAUCUACCACGCCUCAUAGAGUUGGUAAAACCGAGAAGACAUUCCAAACGCUUCUUAAACUCGUUGACGCUGGCAUUGAAGAUUCAACAGUGUCGCAUGACAUCUUCAUGGCACUAAUCGCCGAGCUAUCAAUGACUGACCGUCCUCCUGUUCUCUUUGCCCUCGACAAUCUUAGCCUCAUCUCCCGUCUCAGUGAGAAUCGCGACACGGGCUUUGCGAAAAUCCACGCACACGACCUUGGUAUUCCAAACAUCUUCCUUUCAUACCUUAAUGGGACUAAGGACUUCCCUCGGGGUCUCACUAUUGCCGCAACUGCUCCCUCCCCACGCACCCCCGACCUUACACUCGCACUAAAAGGCGAGAAGCCCGGUCCUUGGGACAAAACCGAUGAGCGUAUUGCGCCAAGUAUAAAAGGUGCGAAGGUUGUUAAAUGUGAUCCUUUAAGAAAGGAAGAGGUCAAGACUUUGAUGGAUUGGUACACCGCGGGCGGAAUAUAUAAGAGUGCAGUGACACUGGAGACCGUGGCGGAGAGUUACGCGUUGAGCAAUGGAAAUCCCGCAGAGCUAUUUAAGGGAUGUUUGAGGCUGAAGUAUUAG